CCGAGCUGAUCCUGUACCGACACUGGCUUCCUCAAUGAUCCAACACAAGAUGAAUGCAGUAGUAUAUCACUGCAGAAUCUAACCCUAACCCAGGCAAAAAAGGGUUUGGGGUAUUUCUUAUGAAGAAAUUACAAUAUCACAUGGUACAAUGUUCCAAAAAGUAGAUUUUUUUAAUGAUCUGAACAUUUACAAAAACUGUUCAAUCAAUGAACCUCUGUCCACAGUCUUGCGUUUUAUGUGAUAUUAGUUAUAGCUCCCCCUUCAGUUCCAGAACGUAAGUGUUGCAUUUUCCAAAUAUGGAAUGAGUCUGACUGGUAGCCCUACAACGCCUCUUUCUUCGUGCUGCAGCCAGGGCCUUCUCGCUACUUGGGCCAGCUCCUCCAGGAGAAUCCCAAGGUGUCCCCUGGCCAAACGAGUCCUUCCAGCGUAUCCUGGGUCUUCCCUUUGGUCUCCUCCCAGUUCGAGCACAAAUGUUUUAUUGUUAAAAUGUUAUAAUUAAAACAGUUUUUUCUUUGUCUGGCUUUUAUAGAUUAACAGAUAAUGUACAGGUCAAACAGCGCUGAGCAGAUAACAGAAUAUCUAGUGGUAAAAUCCAACAAUAUAAAAUCUUAUGUAACAUGAUAUGUUUUUGUUUUCUUUUUUAGACUGAGAGCUUUGAGCGUGGUUUGGUGCAUCAGCAGAAAGAACGUGAUUCCUUCUUCUGUGCUUACAGAAUAUUUCCUGUGUAUCCUGUGGUGACUGGUUUUAUGUUGUUUGUCGACCUCUACUGAACUAUCAUUUUGGACUCCUCUAUCUUUUGUGCUUCUAUCCUGCUCUGCCUUGCCCCAUCAGAUUCGCUAUAGCUGCUGGUGGGGUUUUGAACCAAACUUUUAUGGAUACAAUGUUUUAUGGAUACAAACUUUUAUGGUGACAAACUUUUAUGGUGACAAAGUUUUAUGGAUACAAAGUUUUAUGGUGGCAAAGUUUUAUGAUUUUGUGGUGACAAAGUUUUAUGGAUACAAACUUUUAUGGCUACAAAAUAUUUUUGGUCUUAUGGUUCUGCGAAACCAGCCCUGCUGUGAGAUUUGACAUUGAUAAGAACUACAUCUAAAGCAAUACGCUUUGGCAUUCACUUUGGAAAUUUGGCUUUGAAUGAAUAAAAACAACCAACACACUGGAAACAUCUAAUUUGAGUAAACUUUAAGAUAUAAUAUUUAAACUACUCUUACACAUAAAGAUAAACUUUUCAUAGACUGAAUAUAAUUGGUUUGUUGAGAUUUGUCUUGCUUGAGAUCAGCUCAAAUUUAUUGAUCUCCAAAAACACAAAAUUGUUUGAAAACAGUGCUUGAAAUUAAAGUUUUAUAAUUGAUAAAUUUAUAAACAUACAUCUAAAAACACACAUUUACUGUAAAAGCACUGUUACUAGCUAGUGACCCGCUGGUGCUGACUCUGGACUGACUGCAGGUUUGUACUCAGGUUUGUGUUAAGUAGAUAUUUGUAACUGAAAAAUUAGAAAAUAAAUACAUAUAAAUAAAGUAUUUCUUCUCUUUGUUUAAUAUUUGGAUUUUUGGGAGAAAAAAAGGCCUAAUAGCAUUGCUUACAUAUAUAUAAACAUCUAGUACAUAUUGCUAGCUGUUUCUUUAAUAUUCAUAAACAGUUUUUACAUUUAUAUACAGUUCAAAGUUAUCUGUUCCAGUUUCUACAUACGUUUCAUAUAUAUUUGUUUAUAGAGAUAUCAGUUGUAUUUGUUAGUUAUUAGGAAUUAUUUUUUAAUUCUACUGGUGCUAAAGUAUUUUACAAAGAAAACUAUUUGCAAAGGUUUUUUUUGCUUCCUUUGCUAACAUUUAUUUGACUUAGAAAGAUACAAAUACUAAAGUCUGUGAUUGUGCUUCACAAUUUGACCAUUGUUAACUCAAAUAUACAAAUUUUAUUACAUUAGAAAAGUAUUCCCUGAUCCUGAAUCCAUUAUUUAACUUUUACUGACUACAGGAUUAGUUUCACUGGUGAUUUGUGAAGAGUGAACAACUUGAUAAUAACAUAAAAACAUCUGGACUGAAGACCUGUUGUGGCCGUUUCCUGUCUGAAGUGAAUCUACAAGCAGUUGAAUCCAGAAACUUGUCACCUGCUGUCCAGCUGUGUUGGUUAUAGUCGCUGUUUAAGUGGUUCUUGUGUUUCAAAAUAGACGUUGUUGAAACUUUAUUUAACUGUGUUAGAAAUCAAUAGCUACUGCUGAUAAAAGCUUAGGUUGGUGUGUAGUUACAGUUUAAAGUCAACGUUUAACAGUUGUUACAGAGUUCAGUUACAUUUAAGCAUAUAGACAUAAGUGUAUAGAUAGGUGUUGAUAUAUAGACCUGGUAAGGAUAAGAGUUGUGGAAACUGACAACCAUUAGAUCUAAACUGGGUGAUUUGUGUGCGCUCAUUCAGACACAUUUAAUAGUUUAAAAGAUCAUCCUUCAUAUUUGAAAUAGUACUUUUAAGGUUUACUUUUGUGUAUUAUAUACGUUUUUCUUUCUUAAAUACACAUUUUCAAAGGUAAAUCCCAUAUACCAUUUGUUAUUUGAUUAAUUAAACUUCCUGUGCUGUGCCCGAGUUACACAGUAUUCUCAUUUUUUUAUUUGACAAAGUAUUUCAUUUGAAUCUAUUUCCGUGUUUAAUACAAGUACAUUAUUAGUUGGACAUCUUAAUAGAAUUACAGUUCACAGAAGCAGAGUUUAUUGGUAAAUAAUUUGUCUUGGCUUAACAUUGGUUUAGGUUCGUAGUUGUAAGUUUAUUCCUUUACAAGGAAACUAUAACUUGUUAUAUUUAAGUAAGCACAUUUUUAUUGGCUGUAAUUAUAGUGGGUAUCAGAAACCACUGGUUUGAGUUGUGAGGUGGUUAUUACAAUAAGUUUCACAUUAAAGUCUUUGUGGUUUUCCAGGAUUAUAAAAAUGCCCAGAAAGAACAAGAGGUCUCAGUCUGCAAAGACCAGAUGGCAUAAGCUCACGGAGUCUGGCUCAGGUGAACAGGUUGAUGUUCCUCAGACAACUGGAGAUGCAUAUGCUGAUGUUUUGAGAGGACUUCAGAGUCACAUCGUACCUGAUCCACAUCAAGUACAUCACAGUGCUGCAGCUGGACCAUGUCAACCUAGUGAGCAGGCUAAUGUUCACAGUCCUGAUGUCCGACAAACUCCUGGAACUAGACCCUCCUAUGCUGAUGCUUUGAGAGGACACCAGAGUCAUGUCAUGAACUCAGAGGCUGCUACGUGUCAGGUAAAUCAGAGUGAUGCUGCUGGACCAUCUCAGAUACCUGCCCAUGUCCAUCCACCUUCAGGGACAAGUGUGUGUGCGACCAGGAGUCAGGCUUCAGCUGUUUAUGGUGAGUACAGAAACAAGCAGUGUGCCCCAAACUCUUUGGUGUUUUUAUCCUUCCUACAUGAGAGUGAGACAAUUACCAGCUCAGAUCUGAACCUGGUGUUGGAUAAAGGUAAUGUGAUGUACGCACAAGCUAGGCUACUUCAUCCAACUAGUGUACACCUGGCUACAGACGAGUUACCUGCUGAGGUUACAGCUCGUAUGACUCAUUAUCACAUCACCAUGAGGUUAACUGGUACCAGAUAUGGGAAUUUUUUAGAAGGAGGUAAUCUUCCUAGUCUUGUUCAAGGACUAAGCUGUUUGACUGCAGAAGUUCAGUAUGCAUUAAUGUUCAUGGGAGGAAACUGCAUAGCUGUAUUCAGAACCAGAUCAGGAGAAUACGGGUACUUUGAUCCUCACCCCCGUUCUGCUCGUGGUCUUCUUCCCAAAUGUAAACCUGGUACAGCUGUCAUGUUAAAGUUCACACGUUUAACAGACAUGAUUAACAGAAUCACUCAUUUAUACACAUCUAUUGGUGUAUCUGGGUCUUGCUAUUAUGAAAUCCAGUCAGUGGAGUUUAAGAGUGAGAACGCUGCUCCAGACAGAGACUCAACUGCUGCUGAGACCAACUCGCUGACAGAGAUCGAACUAGUGGCAACAACUAAGCAAACUGGUAAUCAACAAGUUACAUCAAACACCCAAGAGUCUACUCCAGAUGAGUCAGACCUGGCAGGUGAAGUGAUGAACCACGCUGGUCCCUCUGUUUGCUCUGACACCCUGAUGACAUCAUCUGAGCCAGAAGCUGCUUGUGAAGCAAGUGCUACUGUAGAUCAAACUGCUGAUUCAUUAACUCAGAGAAUGUUAUCAAAACGUAAUAAACAAGAACAAUUAAAAAUCUUGCGGCGAUUAUCUGUGUCAAAGAAGCCAUCACAGAGAAAGGAAAAUCAGAAAAAGAGAGAAAGGCAGUUGUAUGCUACUGACGAAAGGUUUUAUUCUAAAAAGAAAAUGUAUUCCAGGACAUAUGCUAACAGUUCAGAUGUCAGACAUGAAAAAAGUCUCUACAAUAAGAAUCUGUAUAAGAAAAACACCAGUUAUCAAGCGAAACAACAACACAAUAUCAGGAAGCUUUACAGAGAAAUGGCUGACUACAGAGAAAAGCAAAAAUCAUACAUGAGAAGCCUUUACAGACGAUGUGAACAGGUUAGACAGAACAAGAAAUCUUACAUGCAAAGCCUUUACAAAGAAAGUGAACAAGUUCGACAGAAAAAGAAAUCUUACAUGCAAAGUCUUUACAGGGAAAGUGAACAAGUUCGACAGAAAAAGAAAUCUUACAUGCAAAGUCUUUACAGGGAAAGUGAGCAAGUUCGACAGAAAAAGAAAUCUUACAUGCAAAGCCUUUACAGGGAAAGUGAGCAAGUUCGACAGAACAAGAAAUCUUACAUGCAAAGCCUUUACAGGGAAAGUGAACAAGUUCGACAGAAAAAGAAAUCAUUCAUUAAAGAGCGUUAUGCAUCUGAUCUAUCAUUCCGGCUCAGACACAGAGAACUGAUGAAACAGCUGAUGAGAGACUAUUACAAUAACAAUGAUCUCUUUAGAAGGAGUCAUAAUUCUAGACGUUCUUCGAAAAUAAAAAGAAAAUACAGACGGAUAAAUUUACAUAUGCAGAGGUCAGGAGGUGAAACACAAAGUAGAGUGACCAACCAACCAUUAUCUGUUUGUGAGCCAGAGAACCCACAGAUGAAUGAAGCUAUAGCUGUUUUCAGAUCAAAUAUUAAAUCUGGACCUACUUAUGUGUGCACGUCGUGUGAGAAAGCUUCGUUCCGUAACCAGGUGAAAGUCUGCAACAGGUCAAAUUAUACAAAGUAUCCAUCUGUAGUUGCACAAUGUCUGACUGGAAAGUUUCUACACAUCUGUGGUGAAAGUUGUAAUGAACCAUGUUCUGUUCCUUUGGAGAGGAAGCAUGAAUGGAUCUGCCACACGUGUCAUGACUACAUUAGAAAGGGCUCCAUCCCACGCCUGUCUGUUGCAAACCAAAUGGGUCUGUCAGAGAUUCCACAGGAGUUAAAAGAUCUGAACAUCUUGGAACGACAUCUGAUUUCUAAAUCUAUUCCUUUUGCUAAAAUUGUUCCACUCCCAAAAGGCCGUCAGAGACAGAUAAGAGGUAAUUUGGUGUGUGUUCCAUCAGAAGUCCAAGAAACAGUGGAUGCUUUACCCCGACUGAGAAGUGAAUCUCAAGUGAUGAGGGUCAAAUUAAAGAGGAAGCUGUGUUAUAAAGGCCAUCAGCUAUUCCAGACUGUAACCUGGUCUAAACUCAUGCACGCUCUGCUCACAUUAAAACAGAUUCACCCACAGUAUGCAGACAUAACCAUCAGAGACGAUCCUCUGCUAUGUGAUCCAACAGGUGACAGCAGUGAUGAUGAUGAUAGCAGCAUGGACUGUGGUGAUUAUGAUGAAGAUGACCUAAUGCAGAUUGAUAACUUUGAGCAAAAUGCAGUGACUGAAGCAGCAGGUGAUGAGGAAUCUGAACAGGUCAUGACUUCUGAUGACGAUGAGCAGAACGUACAGAAUGAAGCAGAAUCCCAACAGAAUGAUGAAGGACAAGACUCAGAUCUACCUAAUGGAGGUUUUGCUCUAGAAUCGUGCCUUCAGCCUCUAGACAUUGCAGAGGAGAUCCUGUGUUACAGUGACAGCACGUAUUGUGUUGCACCCGCAGAAAGAAACAGUCCAGUCAGCUUCUUCAGGACACCCAAACUGGAGGCCAUGGCUUUUCCUGUUCAGUUCCCUACUGGUCAGAACACUCUGGAUGAACCGAGGCGUAUUAAAGUCACACCCAGCUCUUAUUUCAAGUCCAGAUUGUUUCACAUUGAUGACAGAUUUGCGAGAGACCCCAACUACUUGUUUUUUGCACAGUUUGUGACUGAGAUCCACCUGGCUAACUCCAACAUGAUCAUACAGCUGAGGAAAGGUAAAACUAUGAGCAGAGAUGGGCGGAGAAUAACUUCUUCUAUGUUACAGAAUAAACAUGAGGUUCAGAGACUGGUGAGAAAUAAAGAUGCAGUCAGAUUUAUGCAAACUCUGAGAGGAACACCAGCAUACUGGCAGAAAACCACUAAAGAUCUGUUUGCCAUGAUCAGACAGCUGGGAACUCCAACGUUCUUUUGCACCUUCAGUGCUGCUGAGAUGAGGUGGAGGGAAAUCAUCACAGCUAUAAAGAAGCAGCAAGGUGAACAGGUUGAUUUUGAAAGUCUUGACUGGUCCUCAAAAUGUGAAAUCUUGAGAUCUAAUCCAGUUACAACCAUGAGGAUGUUUGACAAACGUGUGGAAGCUCUGUUCAGAGACCUGCUCAUGUCCCCUGCUCAGCCGCUUGGUGAGAUUGUCGACUUCUUCUACAGAGUUGAGUUCCAGCACAGAGGAAGUCCUCAUAUACACAUGAUGCUCUGGGUUCGUGGUGCUCCUGAAUGUGACAAAGAUUCUGAUCAAGCCGUCUGUGAUUUUGUAGACAGAUACAUCUCAGCACAGCUGCCUGACCCAGAAACACAACCAGAACUCCACAAGAAAGUCACAGAAGUUCAGAAACACAGCAGGAACCACACCAGGACCUGUUUUAAGACCAUGAACUCUGGCUGUAGAUUUGGGUUCCCUAAACCACCCUGCAGGAGAACAAUGAUUAGCAGAACCGAUGAGGAACAUGACCAAGCUACUGCUAAACAGAAACUCAGAACUUUGGUGAGUCUGCUCAAUGAACCAGAAGCUGCAUCACUGACUUUAGACCAGAUUCUGUCUCGAUGCACUUUAACCAUGAGUGAGUAUGAAGAAUGCAUCCAGUCCAUGAACAGAAAGACGGCCCUGAUCCUGAAGCGAGAUGCAAAAGACAGCUGGAUUAACAACUACAAUCCACAUCUGCUAGAGGCCUGGGACAGUAACAUCGACGUGUCUUUUAUCCUGAAUGCAUAUUCAUGUGUGGAGUAUCUGACCAAAUACAUCACAAAGAAGGAAAGUGGGCUUUCUGACUAUCUGUCUACAGUGAUCAGUAGCUCUAACAUGGAUGGAGUCAAUGAGUGUGAGGAGAUGAAAGCAGUCAUGCAGGCUUAUUCUAAGAAAAGAGAGAUCAGUGCUCAGGAGUGUGUGACUCGUGCUUGUGGUCUUAAGAUGAAAAAAUGUUCACGCAGCAUUGUUUUUGUCCCCACUGAUGACAACCCAGUGAAAAUGAGCCGUCCCAUGUCUUUCCUGGAGAACACGACACCAGACAGCUGCAACAUCUGGAUGACAAGUCUGAAUGACAAAUACAAAUCCAGACCUGAGACUCCAGAGUACGAGGAAAUGUGUUUAGCUGAUUUUGCAGCAACAUGCAGGUUUGUAAGUGAAAAAGAAAGUGUGCGCAAAGAUGUCCUCCCUCUCCUCAACCAGCUGGGAUUUGUGCAAAGGCGUCAGAAUAAUAAGCCUUGUGUCAUCAGGUUUUAUCACUGCUCUAAAGAGAAACACCCAGAGGAGUUUUACGGAAGACUGCUGAGACUUUACCUUCCACACAGAUCAGAGCAGGAACUGAAAUCACGCCGAUUACAAACUCAUCAGUCCUACUACAAGUCCGGCUGGGUCCGACUACCAGGUUCAGAACAUUCUGAGUUUGUCAAGGACAUUGUCACCAGAAACCAGGACAAAUAUGAACGCAACAGUAAAGAGAUCGAGUCUGCUCUUGAGGAAUUUGAACGGGACAGAGGUGAAGGUUGUGAUGAGUGGUCUAAUCUUGCUCCAGAAUCUGAAGUUGUGAGACUGCAGUGCGAUGACCAGCCAGAGGACCAACAGGAGGAUGUUCCAGACUACUGUGCUCCACCUGCAGCAGAAGUCAGAGCUGUCAGAGAAACACCUGCCAUCGAUCCCACUGUGUUGCGUCAGAUGUACCAGAAUCUAAACCAGAAGCAGGCCUGUGUGUUCUAUGCAGUCAGAGACUGGUGUAUUAAACGUGUGUGCGGCCUCAAUCCAGAUCCAUUCUUUUUCUUUUUGGAGGGAGGUGCUGGUACUGGCAAAUCCAUGGUUGUCAGAUGCAUUCACUCUGAAGCAUCCAAGAUUCUGAGCAGACUGCCUGCCGAGGAUGUUGACCUUUCAAACCCAACUGUUCUGCUGACGUCAUUCACGGGAACUGCUGCGUUUAACAUCGGUGGCACCACACUGCACUCGCUCCUCAAACUACCCAGAAGCCUGAAACCUCCCAUUCAAGGACUUGGUAACCAGCUAGAUGAAGUCAGGUGUGAACUUCUGAAUGCAGAAAUCCUUGUUAUCGAUGAGAUUUCCAUGGUUUCAAAGCCUCUGUUUGCCUACGUGGACGCUAGACUGAAACAGAUUAAAGGAAACCAGAGACCAUUUGGUGGAAUGUCAGUUUUAGCUGUUGGAGAUUUUUAUCAGCUACCACCAGUUCGACAGUCUAAGCCCCUCUGUGUCUAUGACCCAUCAGACAUUGACCUUUGGCAGCCAUAUUUUCAGAUGGCAAGUCUGACUGAAAUCAUGCGGCAGAAAGAUGAUGUUGCCUUUGCAGAGAUGCUGAACAGGAUCAGAGUGAAGGAAAAGACAGAUGAGCUCUCUCCAGCAGACAGAGAUAUGCUAUCACGCACCAUCACUGAACCAGAACUCUGUCCCUCUGAUGUGCUGCACAUUUUUGCCACCAACAAGGAUGUGGAAGCUCAUAACUCAGCAACACUGGAACGGCUGCACGAUAACAUCAUCACAAUAGAUGCAGAUGACUUCCAGAAAGACCCACGAACUGGCAGAAUGGAGAGGAAAGACACACCUUUGAAAGGAGGAAGAGGUGAAUUGUCUGACUGUCUGAAAGUGGCUGAAGGAGCUCGAGUCAUGCUGACGAGAAACAUCAAUGUCCAGGAUGGCCUGGUUAACGGUGCUUUUGGUAAACUGGUUAGAGUGAUAGCUUCUGAAAUAGACCCCCAGCACAUUUUUAAACUUGCUCUGAGAAUGGAUAACCAGUCAUCUGUCAGGAGCAACCGCCAUGGAGCUUCUGGGUCUGAUGAUCUUGUUUACAUCGAGAGAGCAGAGGACAGCCUGAAGCAGAGAGGAGGUGUACGCAGACAGUUUCCUGUAAGACUGGCUUUUUCCUGCACCACUCACAAAACUCAGGGUCUCACGACACAUGCAGCUGUGGUCUCACUGAAGAACAUCUUUGAACCUGGAAUGGCAUACGUGGCUCUGAGUAGGGUGACUAGCCUCGGUGGACUGUAUCUCCUGGGUUUGGAUGAGAGAAAGAUCUACGCCAAUCCUGAUGUGACUGCAGCACUCCAGAGCAUGAGACAGGCCAGUGUGGAUCAAAUGAUGCCUCUUCUUCUGGUGAGAGAAGCAGUAAGCAGACCUGACACUUUGACCCUAAUUCACCACAACACAGAGGGUUUACCGGCUCACAUCAAUGACAUAACGAGUCACCACGAACUGUCUUUAGCAGAUGUGUUGUGUCUGACAGAAACACACCUGCAAGGUUCUUUUGUUGCAGAAAGUCUUGUUCUGGAUGGCUACACCAUGUUCAAACGCAGCAGACACCAGUCCUACACCAAGUUUCCUCAGAUGGCCUGCAAGAGUGGUGGUGGAGUUGCUGUUUAUGUGAAAAACCACAUUCACGUCCGUGAGAAACGCUAUGUGCACAAUGUGACUGAUCUGGAGUUUUUGGUUUUGAAGGUUGAGACACCGUUUCCAGCUCUGAUUGCAGUCAUUUACCGACCUCCAGACUACAUCAUGAGACCAUUCAUGGAGAACUUGGUAAGCCUUUUAGACUCUCUAGAGGUCAUGGACUGUCAUCCAGUCAUUGUAUGUGGCGACUUUAAUGAGAAUCAGUUUUCAGGUGGAAGGAAGCAGAUUGUAGAGCACUUUCAGUCCAGGGGGUAUGCACAGAUGAUCACUUCAGCCACCACAGACAAGAACACACUGCUUGACCUUGUUUUUAUCUCUCAGCCCCAGAGGAGCUUACAUUGUGGUGUCCUGAGAACCUAUUAUAGUUACCAUGACCCGGUUUUCUGUGUGUUGUCCUCUAGCCAACCAUGAAGUGAGGUGAGUUUUAAUCAUGGACAAGUGGAGUGACGUGUUAAUGCAGAAUAAUGUUUUAUUUUGAAAGUUUGAUGAUUUAACAGGAUUGAAUCAAAUCUUUUCUAGUAUAAAGUCUGUCUGAAAUGAGAAUCAUGAAGUUUCACUUUGCUUUUAGCCUAUAUUUAUAAUCACAGUUUAAAGCAUAAGUUAUUGGAUGACAGGUCAUAAUUAUGGAACAUGACAAUGCAUUUUUCUGAUUGUUCUAAAUAUUGUAAAUCACUACGUUGUUCAUGUAAUUACAUUUUCUACCUUUUUAUUACUAUGGAUUCAUGUUUUCUACUACAAACAAUUUUAUUCAGAACAUUUUUACAGAUAAAAUCUAUAUGAAAACUGAUUUAGACAAUGGCGGUCUGUGCAUUUACCUGGGUGGGUGGGUUAAGGGAGGGUAAAUGCACAGGUCCGACCAUUGACUGCAUAAAACCAGCCGGCACCCCACUAAAUAGGGGGAAGGGGUGGUUGGGUGGGGGUAAAUUUUCUUUUUUUGUUAGGUUUUUGGAAGAUUUAUCUCACACAGGAGACAUGUUCUCCUGUAUCCUUUGAUAAAACACCUUCAAGCUUCUUCAACAUCAGCACAACCCAAAACAUCUCAGCAUCAGCUUCAUGAACUGAUGAGUCAAACCUGCACCGCCAUUGCUGGACCACACAGGGACAUCACAAAGACUGCUGUUCCACGAGCUCUCAUCCCACAGGAUACAGCUCCUGUCAACCACCACCUGACCUUCUGGCUCUAAGAGCUUCACCUUGCUGCUGCCACUCUCUACACCCGCUGUUCUGAACCAUCAAAGACAUCUCUGCCUCCUGCCAGGGUCCAGGAUCAUCUCAGAUGAUGGAAGGUGUCAAAUCUUUCCUGUUAAUAAUGUUAUUAAAUGCUAAAUAUUUCCUUCAUGAUGUUUAAUGAAGUAGAAAAAAUGUGUUCUCCAGUUUCAGGUGUAUGAAUGUUAAUUAUUGUCUAUUUGCAGGUUUCUUCUGCCUUCAUGUUACAUCUGAGAGCACUGAACCAACUGAAACAUUUAUCAACACUCAGUGACAUCUGGGUGUGGGACAGACCUGGUCAGGAGAUGUUUAUUUUCUUUUGCAGGACUCUAAGGUAUUUGAUAACAUUUGAUCAUUAGUUUCAUAUGUUGGUGCUUUAACACUAAUGUAAUAUUUUAUUUCUCUGUAUUGUUGGUACAGUCUCUUCCUUGAUGCCUGCAUAUCCUCCUCUGAGAUUCCUCUGUGUCACCGUCUGACCUCGUCUGACUCUGGUUGCUGCAGAGAUGCUGUUCAUACUCAUUUCCUACUUCACUUUUGCAGCAUCAUGUCUACCUCAUGAGGCAUAAAGGUAACAAAUCAACAUUUUUACCUCCUUGGUUUAAAACACAUUUCUAUUUGAGUAACAAACGUGUUCUCUGUGUUCUUGUCUUAAAUGCCUGUAGCUGAACGUCCUGUGCUACAGCAGCAAACACUGAAGCCGCAGGUUGUUGCACCAAUAAACAUCCACUCUGGCAUGAUCACACUAACAUCUUAACACGGACACUCAUUCAGCUGACGGUUUCCAUCAGCAGAUCCAGGAAACAGGAAAAUGUCCCAUAUGAUCAAACUGGAACUCAGCACUCAUUUCAAGGCUGUCUCCACUUUAUUUUGUCACCUGUCAGUUAAAUGAACCAUUUAUCUAUAAUAUGUAUCUGAUACAUUAUAGUUUUCAUUUGCUUUAGUUUCUCCUCUCUGUUAUUAUUGUUAAAGGAUAAUGUAGAACUACAAUGAUGGAGGUAGCCCUGUGACAGGCUAACCCAGUGUUAACACUGACCAGUAGGCGGGUUUAGGCAAGGCAAGACUCACACAAACAUAUCAUAUGGUCACCUGCAUCAGUGUCAGGUGCUGUCUGAUCCAAACCCAGCAAUCUUGUAAAUAUAGAACAUCCCUACUUUAAUACUUUAUGUACUGAAAUUGUUAAAUUCCAAACAAGUAAAAAUGAGUAAGCAGCUCCACUUUCUAUCUGCUCUGUGCUUGAGUGAGUCCUGUCUGGGUGUGGGGUGUCGGCUGAUAUGUAGGUAUAGGACAGGUGUUCCACAUAUGUGCUGUGACACCAGGUAAACUCAUACAACACACCUCAGUGUUGAGAUGGGAGUCAAACUGAAAGUAUUCAAAGAUGAACCGGUCAUAUCUAGUGAAGUGGGGGCUUUUUGAUAAAAAAUCUGACCUCAGGUCAUACAGGUGACCAGGAUUCUAAGAUACAUUAAACCAAACAUCCCAAAUUUAGGUAUUUAUCAUGAUUUUGAUCUGUUUUAAACUCAUUUUAAAGAACAGCUGUGGUAUCAGAACACAUUGUGUAAAUAUUUUAGCUUAAGGUUAACCAUUAAGGUUUAACUAAACCAUUUUUCACUUUUACAUUUACAAGUUUUAUAGAAUACAUUUUAUUUUAUUUAUUUAACUAGUUCUCUGACUCACUAACUGCAACCAAAGCCCUGACAUGUUCUCCUCUUUCCCCAAAAAAUCUGAACUAGGGAGCAUUUAUAAAACUAUGACAAACAAACAAUCCUAAUUCAUGAAUUACUGACCAAUUUAUUAACUCAGUUGACAGUAUUUAAGAUAAUACUGAAUUGUGCACACACACACACACACACACACACACACACACAAACAUUAAGUGGAAUGUUACCCUACGUACAGUGUGCUGCAUUCACCUUUUAAGUUUUUAGUUUCCAAGUCAGAAUAAUGUUUAAGUUUUCUUUUUUGUGUUGGAUGUCAGUGAGCUCAUGCCUUCAUCAUAAAUAUACUUUGUUCUUAAAAUAGUUUGAGUUAAAAAAACAAAUGUUGUGUUCAGCUUAAAGCAUGUCUCCACAGUACAAACAGGUGCCGUUGUCAUAGUUAAAUUAUAAUCAUAAUGAUUAUAAUUUAAGGAUGGUUGGUACAAGCUUCCAUAUCUGUAAUUUUAUAGUCUUUUUUAUAACUGACUUUUCUUUUAAUCAUUUUGACCUCUGAGUUUUGUGUUUUAAGUCCUUCUUAUUAGUGAAACCUUCUUUCAAACAUUCAUUUUCUAAAACAUUUUUUUUCAUUAUUUUAACAAGGUUUUAAAAUGUGCAUUAGUGUUAAAUGCUAUAAGCUUUUGUCAUUUUUUUCUUUAAAUUCACUUGAAAUUCUUUUAAUUUGAAAACAUGAAAUUAUUUUAAUUAUUUUUCUCAUAUUUUAAAAAAAUUACUUGAUUGAUUUUAUAAAUUGUAAUAAUUAAAUUUUCAAUAUUUUUUGUUCUUUUACUGUAUUUUUUUAAAUUUUUUAUUAUGCUGUCCUACAACUUUAAUGUUUAAAUAAAUAUGCUAUUAGAAUUUGCC